CCUUCCCCGCGUCUCCUCCAAGAUGGCGAGCGGCGGCAGCGGGGGGGUUUCGGUGCCUGCGCUGUGGAGUGAGGUGAACCGCUUCGGGCAGAACGGCGACUUCACACGCGCUCUCAAGACCGUCAACAAGAUACUGCAGAUCAAUAAGGAUGAUGUAACUGCUUUGCACUGUAAGGUGGUCUGCCUUAUCCAGAAUGGAAGUUUCAAAGAAGCCUUGAAUGUCAUCAAUACUCAUACCAAAGUGUUAGCCAAUAACUCUCUGUCCUUUGAGAAGGCAUACUGUGAGUACAGGCUGAACAGAAUUGAGAAUGCCUUGAAGACAAUAGAAAGUGCCAACCAGCAGACAGACAAAUUAAAGGAGCUUUAUGGACAAGUGCUAUACCGUUUGGAACGUUAUGAUGAAUGCUUAGCUGUGUAUAGGGAUCUUGUCCGAAACUCUCAAGAUGACUAUGAUGAGGAGAGGAAAACAAACCUUUCAGCAGUGGUUGCAGCUCAAAGCAAUUGGGAAAAAGUGGUUCCAGAGAACUUGGGCCUCCAAGAAGGCACACAUGAACUGUGCUACAAUGCUGCAUGUGCCCUGAUAGGACAAGGCCAGCUGAACCAGGCAAUGAAAAUCCUACAAAAAGCUGAAGAUCUUUGCCGACGUUCUUUUUCAGAAGACUCUGAUGGGACUGAGGAAGACCCACAGGCAGAACUGGCCAUUAUUCAUGGUCAGAUGGCCUAUAUUCUGCAGCUUCAGGGUCGUACAGAGGAGGCUUUGCAACUUUACAAUCAGAUAAUAAAACUAAAGCCAACUGAUGUGGGAUUGUUAGCUGUAAUUGCAAAUAACAUCAUUACCAUUAAUAAGGACCAAAAUGUCUUUGACUCCAAGAAGAAGGUGAAAUUAACCAAUGCAGAAGGAGUAGAGUUUAAACUUUCUAAGAAACAACUGCAGGCUAUAGAAUUUAACAAAGCUUUACUUGCUAUGUACACAAACCAGGCAGAACAAUGUCGCAAAAUAUCUGAGUUACAGUCCCAAAGUCCUGCACAUCUCCUGCCUGUGUUAAUCCAAGCUGCCCAGCUCUGCCGUGAAAAGCAGCAUACAAAAGCAAUAGAGCUACUUCAGGAAUUUUCAGAUCAGCAUCCAGAAAAUGCAGCUGAAAUUAAGCUGACCAUGGCACAAUUGAAAAUUUCCCAAGGUAAUAUUUCCAAAGCAUGUUUAAUAUUGAGAAGCAUAGAGGAGUUAAAGCAUAAACCAGGCAUGGUAUCUGCAUUAGUGACCAUGUACAGCCAUGAGGAAGAUAUUGAUAGUGCCAUCGAGGUCUUCACACAAGCCAUCCAGUGGUAUCAAAACCAUCAGCCCAAAUCUCCUGCUCAUUUGUCAUUGAUAAGAGAAGCUGCAAACUUCAAACUCAAAUAUGGGCGGAAGAAGGAGGCAAUUAGUGACCUAGAACAGCUAUGGAAACAAAAUCCAAAAGAUAUUCACACACUGGCGCAGCUUAUUUCUGCUUACUCACUUGUAGAUCCAGAGAAAGCUAAAGUUCUUAGUAAACACUUGCCCUCAUCAGAUAGUAUGUCUCUAAAAGUAGAUGUCGAGGCUCUUGAAAAUUCUCCUGGUGCUACGUAUAUUCGGAAGAAAGGUGGAAAAGUUACUGGAGAUAGUCAACCAAAGGAACAAGGACAGGGAGAUGUGAAAAAGAAGAAGAAGAAAAAGAAGGGAAAACUACCUAAGAAUUAUGACCCAAAAGUUACCCCAGAUCCAGAAAGAUGGCUACCAAUGCGAGAACGUUCUUACUAUAGAGGAAGAAAAAAGGGUAAAAAGAAGGAUCAGAUUGGAAAAGGGACCCAGGGAGCAACUGCAGGGGCCUCAUCUGAACUGGAUGCCAGUAAAACUGUGAGCAGCCCACCCACCUCCCCAAGACCUGGCAGUGCAGCAACAGUCUCUGCCUCUACAAGUAACAUCAUACCCCCAAGACACCAGAAACCUGCAGGGGCUCCGGCAACAAAAAAGAAACAGCAACAGAAAAAGAAGAAAGGAGGAAAAGGUGGCUGGUGAUAGAAUGUCCUUGUUGCGGGCUGUUUUUAAAUUAGUCUCAGUGAUAUACUAGGAACAUAAUAAAGGUAACCAGCAAGAAGCACAGAACUGCUCCCUCUUAUAUCCACAUAUUUUCAUAAAAUAAUUUCUUUUGCAUCAAAUAGGAAAACACCUUUCUCAAACUGCCUAGUCAGGUUUAGCCAUUUGUACUGCCAAUGAUUGCACAGGUUAUACGGACUGGAGAUGAUCGGGCAUUUACCACCUUGAUAUCUGUUGCACCCUUUAUCUUUGCUGAUUCGACCUUUUUUCCAUUUCACAAAUAAGUCAUGUUAUCUGAGGUUUCCCAGGAUUUAAACAGAAACUGUUUCUUCUGUUUCUACUAGAGUAUGAAGGCACUUAUUGCUAUUCAGGUCCCACUUUAAAUUAUGUCUUAGUUGGCCUUAGGAGGCUGAAAGUGGAAUCUUCUGAGCAUUCCAGGUAUUCAGUUAGAAAUAUCAUGUGAUAAGAAAGGGACCUUAGCAAAACACUAGUGUUCUUCACUUAAUUAAAUGAGUGACCACAGAGAGUAAAUGUUUUAAAUAAUUUUAACCAUAAAUUUUGUCAUGUGAUACUAGAAUAUGGGAUAGUUUUCUUAUAUGUAUAUGGCUCCUUCGUGCCCCUUAUUUCCAUUCUCAGAUUAUGUUAAUACUGAUUUAGCACCACUCGGUAGUAUCUCAAGAAUAUAUCAAUGUUGCAAGAAAAGUGUCUUUGUGUUCCGAGGUCAGAUGGGUUUGGACUUUCUUAAUCAGGAAGAUUAAUAGCCCCUAUCAAGAACAUAAAACAUUGACUUCAUUACAUAGACAGGAAAUCAAUACCAAGCAGUAUUAAGAUCUAACAGAACUGUUUGGCCCAAUUAAUAGAUACUCUGUGAUGACUUUGCUUUCGUUAUAGGUUUUGACCAUUCAUUACCUUUCUCUAAGUAAUGAAGUCUUUUACAAUCAGUUUGUGGUGUGAAUGUUGCUCUUAUCUUUCCUUGCUCACAAGCCACUUUCACAUUCAACAGCUGUGAGACACUCAUUGGGGUGCCUCCCCUUGUUUAAUAUUCAUUUUAUGCUGCCCAAGUAUCAUUUAUUUUAGCCUUGUAUUUCCUUGUGAUCAGAUUACUCUGUCCUUGUUAAUAAAAGUGCUGGUGUGUUCGACUGAACAUAUCUACUGAAACUUCCUUGAAGAAUUUCUAAAAAGGCUUUCCAUCUUUGAAAGAUAGGAAAUGGAGUGCUGCCUUUCUCUUUAACAUCAGAAUCUGCAGUGGCAUCUAAACAUGAGGUCUUAAAAUAAGAAUGAUUUAUUAUGUUAUACUUUUGAGCUAAACAGAGAAUAGUUUCUUGGUAAGAGUGCCAGAUAUUUAUUCCUUCUGAAUAUAUACCACAUUAUAGGAAUGAUUGUUAGUAAAUCUCUUAAUUAGCAUUCCAUUAAAUUUCUGUGGUUAAAGAUAAUCAUUUUUUUUUUUUUUUUUUAUUAACUAAGCAACAGAAUCUUGGUGAAAAUUAUCCAUCUUUGAAAAUUUUGACCUAAGGCACAACAGUGAAAUUUACAGUUCUCUAUUUAGUCAUUGUUAUUGGCAGCCAUUGGUAUUAGUCAUUGCUAAGCGACUGAAAUUUCAGUUCAAAUAAAUAAGUUAUUGUCAAAUGAAGUGUAAACACCAUCUACCUUGACUUUCUGGUAAUUAUUUCCUCUUUUGGACAGGCCUUUAACCAGUGACAUAUAUACUUUGUAUAUACAUGUGUGUAUGUGUACAUUUAUAAGAACCAAUGUGGAUACAUCCAUUCACUGUGGCACAUUUUAAAAUAAAAUAUUCUAGCAGUGAC